AUGUGUGUGUAACUCACACAAGUCGGGAAUGGCUUGUUGAAGAGUGCGCGCACGCACACACUCGUAAACACACACUCUGUAGGCGCGCGAACAGCUCGUGUGUGUGUCGCGGCGUCGCGCAGGAACUCAACAGGAGCUCGACCUUGACAGAUUGAAGCACCAUCAUCUUCAUCCUUAUUUCCAUCAUCCUCGGCAAGAGCUCCAAUUUAAGGCGCAAGAAACUCAGCAGGCACUUCCUGGGGUGUAAGCGACUGCUGCUGUCACAAUGGACGCCCAAUCACAAGGCCAGCAGCCGCCGGUGCCAAUGUUUCAGCCACAGAAAAUUGAUAUGGGCUAUAACAGUUUAGCCAACUUUGCCAUUGAGAAGAAGAUUGGAAGAGGACAGUUCAGCGAAGUUUAUCGAGCUACGUACGUUCUAGACCACACUACAGUUGCUUUGAAGAAAGUACAGAUAUUCGACUUGAUGGAUGCCAAAGCUCGGCAAGAUUGCAUCAAAGAAAUAGAUCUCCUGAAGCAAUUGAACCACCCCAAUGUAAUUAAAUACCACGCGUCAUUCAUUGAAGAGAAUGAGCUAAAUAUAGUACUGGAACUCGCAGACGCCGGGGACCUCUCACAAAUGAUAAGGCAUUUCAAGAAACAAAGGCGGCUGAUUCCUGAGAAGACAGUAUGGAAGUACUUUGUUCAGCUGUGUAGUGCGCUGGAGCACAUGCACUCCCGCCGGAUCAUGCACAGAGACAUCAAACCCGCCAACGUCUUCAUCACAGCCACUGGAGUGGUGAAACUAGGCGACCUGGGCUUGGGACGCUUCUUCAGCUCCAAAACAACCGCAGCUCAUUCUCUAGUGGGCACCCCAUAUUACAUGUCUCCCGAGCGAAUACACGAAAACGGAUAUAACUUCAAAUCUGACAUCUGGUCGCUAGGCUGCCUGCUCUAUGAGAUGGCAGCCUUGCAGAGUCCGUUCUAUGGGGACAAAAUGAAUCUCUACUCGCUGUGUAAAAAGAUUGAGCAGUGCGACUACCCACCUCUACCAUCGGACCAUUACUCUGAAGAGUUUUUAAAAGCUUUUGUAAAGCUGGGCCAGUGA